GCAUAAUCAGUUAAUUGAUAUCAAAGCCGUUAUACAUCUCUAUACCCCGGGUCCCGCCAAACUGAUCGUCAGUAUAGGCCUGCCUCAUUCUUGAUCUACCCGCCUCUACCUAUCGCUCGAUCGACCUUGACCCCGAGACACGGAAAUCAAAGGAGACGGUGUGAAGAAGGUAUUCGUGAAGUGAGACGGACAGACACAAACACUAACAGCCUACAGUCAUUGGGAACGCUACCUAUAAUAUCUACGGUACUAUAGGAUACUCUAGGAUACGCUAGCUAUACACGAUCCUGAUAGGAUACAAUACAAUACUGUAGGAUAACAAGCGACACCAUCAAUAAUGGCGACACGCCUGGUUCUGUCUCUUUUCUUCAUCUAUGGAGUUAUGGUUCUCCAAACAAAAGUAUAUUUCAGGGAAUAAUGAAUUGAUGGGAUCUUCUAGUCAUAAUGAAGAAUUGGUCUCUGUUGACAAUGCAACAACCGUUCAAAUGACCAUGACAACCGUACCAUCGAACAUGACAACCGUGCCAUCGAACAUGACAACCGUUCCUUCGACCAUGACAACCGUGCCUUCCAACAUGACAACCGUUCCUUCGACCAUGACAACCAUGCCUUCCAACAUGACAACCGUUCCUUCCAACAUGACAACCGUUCCUUCCAACAUGACAACCCUUCCUUCGAACAUGACAACCGUUCCAUCGAACAUGACAACCGUGCCUUCCAACAUGACAACUGUUCCUUCCAACAUGACAACCAUGCCUUCCAACAUGACAACCGUUCCUUCCAACAUGACAACCAUGCCUUCCAACAUGACAACCGUUCCUUCGACCAUGACAACCAUGCCUUCCAACAUGACAACCGUUCCUUCCAACAUGACAACUGUUCCGUCGAACAUGACAACCAUACCAUCGAACAUGACAACCGUACCAUCGAACAUGACAACCGUUCCUACCAACAUGACAACUGUUCCAUCCAACAUGACAACCGUGCCUUCCAACAUGACAACCGUACCAUCCAACAUGACAACCGUUCCAUCGAAUAUGACAACCGGUCAUUCAACCAUGACCACACGAAUUAACCCCACAGUUACUCCCUCGCCGUCGAAAUCAAAGUUCAGCACCGGCACAUUCUUCGGAGGCAUAGGUGUGGGGAUUGUCUUUGUUUUCAUUGUAAUGGCGGGAAUCUAUGGUGUUAGAAAAAGAAGGCGGGUGCUUGAAGAAAAAGUGCAAUAUAAAACUAUAGAAUGAGAAAUAUGAGAGAGAGAGAGAGAGAGAGAGAGAGAGAGAGAGAGAGAGAGAGAGAGAGAGAGAGAGAUGUGAAUGUGUGUGUAUUUAUAUAGUUACACAAGUGUACAAGAAAAAUUUCCAGAUUUUUAAAUUCACUGUAAAUGUUAUUUUGACAGUUACUUAAGAAAAGGGAGCCGGGGAUCGAGAAAGAUGGUAGUCCAGACAUUCCAUUGUAUCUCCUUACUUCAAAAUAUCAAACAUUUUCAUGGGUUUUUUGUUAGCUGUAUGUAAAGCAUUGUUCAUUUAUUACAUUUUGUUUCAAUCUAGCUGUGUUAACGUUAAAAAUAAAUGUCAAAUAUUUUUUCUUCCUAAUUUCGAUUCUACAGAUUUCUAAUAUGCUUGGUUUACUAUAAGUGCAUCAUAUCCAACCCCAAUAAACAACUACGUUAGAUAAUUUACACU